AUGGACACAAGUUCAGUGGGAGGAUUAGAACUGACUGAUCAGACUCCUGCUUUGUUAGGGAGCUCGGCCAUGGCGACUAGCCUCACGAAUGUAGGAAAUUCCUUUAGUGGUCCGACUAAUCCUCUAGUGUCUAGAUCUAAUAAAUUUCAGAACUCAUCAGUGGAAGAUGAUGAUGAUGUUGUUUUUAUCGAACCUGUACAAGCCCCCCCGCCCUCUGCACCAGUAGUAGCUGAUCAAAGAACCAUAGCACUGACAUCAUCAAAGAAUGAAGAACUCCAAGGAAAUGAUCCUAAAACUCUUCCUUCUUCAAAAGAGUUGGCAUCUCAGAAGGGAAGUGUCAGUGAGACAAUUGUCAUUGAUGAUGAAGAGGACAUGGAAACAAAUCAAGGGCAAGAGAAAAAUUCCUCCAGUUUUAUUGAACGGAGACCUCCUGAGACUAAAAACAGAACCAAUGAUGUGGAUUUCUCCACUUCCAGUUUUUCAAGAAGUAAGGUAAAUGCAGGAAUGGGUAAUAGUGGUAUCACCACAGAACCAGACUCUGAAAUUCAGAUUGCUAAUGUUACAACCUUAGAAACAGUUGUAAGCUCUGUGAAUGAUGGCCAAUUAGAAAAUACUGACGGGCGCGAUAUGAACUUAAUGAUUACACAUGUAACAUCCCUGCAGAAUACCAACUUGGGAGAUGUCUCUAACGGACUGCAGUCAAGUAAUUUUGGUGUUAAUAUACAAACAUACACCCCGUCUUUAACUUCACAGACCAAGACUGCAGUAGGACCUUUUAACCCUGGUAGGAUGAGUGUGGCAGGAGACGUAUUUCAGAACGGAGAGUCUGCAACUCAUCAUAAUCCUGAUUCUUGGAUCUCCCAGUCAGCUUCAUUUCCCCGUAAUCAGAAACAACCUGGGGUGGAUUCUUUGUCACCAGUGGCCUCGCUUCCUAAACAGAUUUUCCAGCCGUCUGCUCAGCAGCAACCCACUAAACCAGUUAAAGUCACUUGUGCAAACUGCAAAAAGCCUUUACAGAAGGGGCAGACAGCUUAUCAACGGAAAGGAUCCGCUCACCUCUUCUGUUCUACCACCUGUCUCUCUUCCUUCUCCCACAAACCUGCUCCAAAGAAACUCUGUGUUAUGUGUAAAAAAGACAUAACUACAAUGAAAGGAACCAUUGUUGCUCAAGUGGACUCCAGCGAGUCCUUCCAGGAAUUCUGUAGCACGUCUUGUUUGUCUCUCUAUGAAGACAAGCAGAAUCCUACGAAAGGAGCGCUAAAUAAGUCAAGAUGCACAAUCUGUGGUAAACUAACUGAGAUUCGCCAUGAAGUUAGCUUUAAAAAUAUGACUCAUAAGCUGUGCAGUGACCACUGCUUUAAUAGAUACAGAAUGGCCAACGGUCUGAUAAUGAACUGCUGUGAGCAGUGUGGAGAGUACUUGCCCAGCAAAGGUGCUGGGAACAAUGUACUGGUGAUCGACGGCCAGCAGAAGAGGUUUUGCUGUCAGAACUGUGUCAGCGAGUACAAGCAGGUAGGUAGCCAUCCAAGCUUCCUGAAGGAGGUUCGAGAUCACAUGCAGGACUCUUUCUUAAUGCAGCCUGAGAAAUAUGGAAAACUGACAGCCUGCACUGGCUGCCGAGCGCAGUGCAGGUUUUUCGAUAUGACUCAGUGUAUAGGUCCUAAUGGAUACAUGGAGCCAUACUGUUCAACAGCGUGCAUGAACAGCCACAAGACAAAGUAUGCAAAGUCCCAAAGUUUGGGAAUUAUUUGCCAUUUUUGCAAGCGAAACUCCUUACCUCAGUACCAAGCCACAAUGCCUGACGGAAAACUGUAUAACUUUUGCAAUUCCAGUUGUGUGGCUAAAUUUCAGGCUCUAAGUAUGCAGUCAUCUCCAAAUGGCCAGUUUGUAGCGCCAAGUGAUAUUCAGUUGAAAUGCAACUACUGCAAAAAUUCCUUUUGUUCAAAACCAGAAAUCCUGGAAUGGGAGAACAAAGUGUACCAGUUCUGCAGCAAAACUUGUUCAGAUGACUAUAAGAAGUUGCAUUGCAUAGUUACAUAUUGCGAAUACUGUCAAGAGGAGAAGACUCUUCAUGAAACAGUAAAUUUCUCUGGCGUUAAGAGACCUUUCUGUAGUGAAGGCUGCAAAUUAUUGUACAAACAGGAUUUUGCAAGACGCUUAGGACUGAGAUGUGUUACUUGCAACUAUUGUUCUCAGCUGUGUAAGAAAGGCGCCACUAAAGAGCUUGACGGUGUCGUGAGGGAUUUCUGCAGUGAGGACUGCUGUAAAAAGUUUCAGGACUGGUACUACAAGGCUGCCAGGUGUGACUGCUGCAAGUCUCAAGGAACCCUCAAGGAGCGGGUACAGUGGCGUGGGGAGAUGAAGCACUUCUGUGACCAGCACUGCUUGUUACGCUUCUACUGUCAGCAGAACGAGCCCAACAUGACCACCCAGAAGGGGCCGGAGAACCUGCAUUAUGAUCAGGGUUGUCAGACAUCCCGAACCAAAAUGACAGGCUCAGCACCACCCCCUUCUCCAACACCUAACAAAGAGAUGAAGAACAAAGCAGUUCUUUGCAAACCUUUAACAAUGACAAAAGCUACUUAUUGUAAACCUCACAUGCAGACCAAAUCUUGUCAGACAGAGGACAACUGGAAGACGGAGUACGUCCCGGUGCCGAUCCCUGUGCCUGUGUAUGUCCCGGUACCGAUGCACAUGUACAGCCAGAACAUUCCUGUCCCCACUACAGUUCCUGUUCCUGUACCAGUUCCUGUUUUUCUGCCUGCUCCAUUGGACAGCAGUGAGAAGAUCCCCGCAGCCAUCGAGGAGCUCAAGAACCAAGUGUCUUCAGACGCUCUUGACACACAGUUGCUCACGAUGACAGAUGAGAUGCCAGAAGAUGGCGGGGAGGUGGAGGCUGCCAGCAUCAACAGUGUGAUGAUUGAAACAGAUAUAAUUGGUUCAGACCUCUUGAAGAGCUCUGACCCAGAGAUGCAGUCCGCCAUGCCUGAUGUGCCAUACGAACCAGACUUGGAUAUUGAAAUAGAUUUUCCCAGAGCUGCUGAGGAGCUGGAUAUGGAAAGUGAGUUUUUAUUACCACCUGUGUUUGGAGAAGAAUAUGAGGAGCAGCCCAGGCCUCGAUCUAAAAAGAAGGGAGCCAAGAGAAAAGCUGUAUCAGGAUACCAGUCUCAUGAUGAUAGUUCUGACAAUUCAGAAUGCAGCUUUCCUUUCAAAUACACGUAUGGUGUAAAUGCAUGGAAACACUGGGUCAAAACUAGGCAACUCGAUGAAGAUCUUCUGGUAUUAGAUGAGCUAAAAUCUCCUAAAUCAGUAAAGUUAAAAGAGGAUCUACUCUCUCACACCACAGCAGAGCUUAACUAUGGGCUAGCCCAUUUUGUUAAUGAGAUCCGGCGGCCAAAUGGAGAGAAUUAUGCACCUGACAGCAUCUAUUACCUCUGCCUUGGAAUACAAGAGUACUUGUGUGGAAGUAAUAGAAAAGACAACAUAUUUAUUGAUCCCGGAUACCAGACAUUUGAGCAAGAAUUGAAUAAAAUACUCCGAAGUUGGCAACCAAGCAUACUUCCAGAUGGGUCAAUAUUUUCUCGAGUUGAAGAAGACUAUCUCUGGAGGAUAAAACAACUAGGAUCCCACUCUCCAGUAGCUCUUCUGAAUACACUGUUCUACUUUAACACUAAGUAUUUUGGCCUGAAAACAGUGGAACAACACUUAAGACUUUCCUUUGGCACUGUGUUUAGGCAUUGGAAAAAAAAUCCUUUAACAAUGGAAAACAAAGCAUGUCUUCGAUACCAAGUAUCUUCCUUAUGUGGAACAGAUAAUGAAGAUAAAAUUACUACUGGAAAGAGAAAACAUGAAGAUGAUGAGCCAGUAUUUGAACAGAUUGAAAACACAGCCAAUCCUUCUAGAUGUCCUGUGAAGAUGUUUGAAUGCUACUUGUCUAAAAGAAUGCUCUAGUUCUACAGAUAGCCCUGUCUGGUACACGUCUGCUUCCCUGGACCGAAGCACCUUGGAAAACAUGCUUGUGCGGGUUCUUCUAGUGAAAGAUAUUUAUGAUAAAGACAAUUAUGAACUGGACGAAGAAACAGACUAAAAAGGAACGUUUCAGAAGCAACUGGGAUAAAACAGCAUUAGGUAGUCAUGCUGCUAGAUCUUUAUUAUGGAAAACAUUUCAAGUUUACUCCUCCUGUUUUGAGUUUUGUAGCAGUGUACCCACACUGGGUAUUACCAUGUAAAUAAUCUGUGAGUGAAAGUUGCCAUUAUUCUAUGUAGUGGUUUUAGGAUACUUAACAAAUACAUUCAGAUUCUUUUUUUUAUUAUUAUUUAUUUGAUUAGGUAUGUUUGUAACUUUUUACAUUACAGAAUAUGAAUGAGAAUGUGCCAUGUAUAAUUUUUUCUUGUAGUAUGAAACAUCCACAUCACACAACUCUGCUGUCGAAAGCUUCCUUGAGGGGCUCUUACUGGGUCUUUACCUGGUAGUUGUGUGUGGGUAGCACUACUAAGUUUAGAACUUGCAGUGUCUUUCGGAAUUUUUAAAAUAAACUGUAAACUAAUAGGCUGGGGUUUUUGUUUUGUUUUGUUUUGGGGGGUGUUUGUUUGUUUUGUUUUACGUUUUAGUUACUGAAGCCUUACAAGGUUAUGUAGAGAGAUACCAUCUUCUGUACCAAAAAUAGACAAGAGAAUGCUGUCAAUAUUGGUGUGCUGUAAUGUGGAUCUAUACUGGUAAAACGACUUUUUGUUCCCCUCAUUAAAACCUUAGUGUCCUUUUCUCAUUUGUGGCUUUCUGCAUCACCCCAAUCAAUAAAAAAAUAUAUAUAUAUGUAUAUAGAUAGAUAUGUAUGUAUAUAUAUAUAUAUAAAAUGACUGUAAGUUGAAAACAAGAUCAUCAAGACGUUUUCUUUGUAAAAAUGUCUGAUGAAAGCAUAAAAUUCUGUUUUCUUCUAUGCCAGCCAUAAGUAUCUGAAAUCCCCUUCAUCUGUAGAGGUUUGAUUUUUAUUUAUUUCUGUUUUCUCCCUUAAGGAUACAGUUCACUUGCACUAUCACCUGUGUAGUAUUCUACAAUUUUAUCACUUUUGUAGAAUUCUUGUGCCUGCUUCCAAAUAUGACUGAUGAGUACAUUGGAUACAAUUAUUGACAGAAAUAGUUGUUAGAGAAAGUCAAGCUACUUUAUGUAAGGUCAUCUCACAUUUUAUCACGAAGAUAACCAGUGUAGGAAUUCUGAUAUUUCAGAUGAUCAAAGAACAUAGAAAGAAACUGAUAGAUACAAUCUGUCUCAGAAGAAAUCACAUUUGAUGUUAGAUUGGUUGGCUUUUAAAAUUUAAUUACUUCUUAUAGAAGACUGCAUUUUAAAUACUGUGCUUCUGCAUAGCAGUUGAUCCAUUCAGACCUUUUCUUGUAGAAUAAGGAAACGUACAAAACCUUACUUUCUAAAGACUGAGCAAAGUGCUAGCUGCAGAUAAUCAUAAAGAAUUCAUUUGGCUGACUUCAUGUAUAGCAUGUGUGUAAUCAUGUUGUUUUCUUAUUUCUGAUUCCUGAAUCACCAUGAUGACAUUUGUUUUUAAAAAUUGUUUGGGGGAAAAGUGGGCUAUUUUCCACUGGGGGUAAGCAAUUGCUGCACCAUCUUUAUCUCUUAGGAUAAAAAUGUUAGCACACAGAAGACAUUUUCUCACUCAUGAGUUGGAAAAUUUCACAGGUGUGAUCACUGUAUAUUUAAGCAAUAAUUACCUGAAAUGUUUUUGGCAUAAAGAUUACUUUAUAAUGUUCUAACUUGUUUUAUAAGUUUGAAUGCCUUUUCUGUCCCUUGAAUUUUAUAUUUGUUGGGUGAUAAUGAGACUGGUGGUAGCAAAUCUGAUAUUACAUUACUAAAAUAGAUUGCUGAUUGUCUAAUGAAGACAGUGGAUAAUAUAUUUAAAAUACACAAUACAGAAAUUUCAUCCCACUAA